CCCGCUUGGAGCCGUCCAAGGGCGCCAUCGGGCUUUCAGGAGAGCGACCGGACGCGCCUUACCUUAGGGCGCGUGGUUUUCGAGCGCCCUCUUUGCGCCUGCCACGGUCGCCACUGGAUUUCAGGGUGGCGACCGAACGCGCCUUACUAAAACCUCCCCUCUAGGAUUUUGAGGGCGAGGUUUCCAGCGAAUUGUUUGCGAACCCUUGGCCGUCUUUGGCAUUCAGGGAGCAGCCAAAUGCACCUUUCAUAAAACCCCGCCCGGAGGAUCCUUAGGGCGGGGUUUCCAGCGCGCCCUCUUGGCGCCUUCCACGGUCGUCUUUGACGCCCUCCGAGCUGGCCGUUCUCGUUGCCCCGUCGUUUCUACGGAUCCUUGAUGCUUCCCGUCUCCUUCCUCCAGCCUUCGCCGUCUAGGUGUCGCAGGGGUUGUGGCAACGCCGCUCCUGCCGCAGGGGUGGUGGCAACGCCGCUCCUAUGUGAUUGAGUAUGCGGAAUUUUUAAGCCCAAGGUUCCGUGGCAGAUGCCAGGGCUGCUGCCAUGACAGCGGCCGAGGCUCUGGCGCCCUUCACUCGGGCGUUCACCGUCCAGGGGCCAUGCCUUGCGCUGGCCAUGCUGCGAGGUCUCAAGCGUUACGAGUUUCGCGGCAGGGCCUGGUCUCCAGGCUGGUAUUUCCUGCACUCAGGAGACCAGCCUGCCCCCACCUCGAUCGCAGAGGUCUUGGAGGCAGAGUGGCCGUCGGCUCCGCGCGAGUCCACUUUGCGGUUCAGUGCCGUGUACGGUGCGGUGAGGUUGGGCCACGCCUUGCCGUCGGAUGCGCUGCGCUCGCCUUGGGUUCGUUUCGGCAAGAUGUCUUUGCCGAUCGAAGGCGCCAUCGAGUUUGCCGAGCCUCUGGCGCCAGUUCAAGGCCAGCAGAACAGUUGUUGCGUUGCUUUUGCAGGCCUUCGGAGCGGUCUUCUCGUCGCCGCGGCUAGGCGCAGCGUGAAGACCACUGUGAGUAGACCCCAGUGGGGUCUGGGAAGAAACUUUGAGAGCCGGUUGGGCCACUGUUGUCCCACUGCCGUUGUCUCACGUUGCCCUCCUCCGAGCGUAGGCUGCCUGAGAGCGCUGUGCGCUCGCCGGUCGUUAACGUAGCUAUUUCUAUAUUCCCGAUAUCGCAAUAGAUUUUGACGCGUUCCUAUUUCAAGAGUCGCUGGCAUACCCCCUCCACCGACCAAGUCGAAUCUCGUUCAACCGCCUUCCUGUUUCGAUUUCCAUGUUCUAGCUACCUCUUACGGCCAGCGUGUAGCCUGUGUGCUACUACGUAGUACUGUGCUUGCCGCUCUGCGCGCGGCGAACACUUUUGUCCGAGCAGGGAUUGAGGAAGAACCGGACAGCGGUUGCUGCUGCCGCCGCCGAUGCCGCAACGGUCUCCUGCAGCUCCCCACCGCGCCUUCUGGUCCCGCUCCUCCCCGUAGUCCUCUAGCUCCUCCCGGCAACCUUUGGAACCCUCCAACUGCGCACUCCUUCCACCUCGAAUUCGUAGCCGGUUCUCUCACUGCGGUUCUCUCACUGCGCUGGCGAACAGCAGGUUGAGGAGGGUAUGGAAGAGGAGGGGAAGGAGUUUGUGCGAAUCGUCUAGCUCGAAGUUGCAGGUUGUUCGCUGCUCCGCGCCAGAGUCCCCUGCUUCGUGAAUGUUUUCCUGCGCGCUGGAGGCCCGAGGCCCCGGCUGCGUGGAUAGUUUUUUGGUUCUCCAGUCUCCCUUGACCGACGAGCUGAAGUCACUUGGAAGGAAACACCACUCUCCCAAGGAUUCCUCCUCCUCGUCCGUCCUUUUCAUCCUCCUCCUCCUCCUCCUCCUC